AUGUACCAAGAUAACGAAGUUGGGGCUAAGUUGGAGAAGAACAAGUUUGAGAAUUCUAUCAGUGAAUUGAAGAAGAAGACUUUUGUUUCGAUAGCUGAUAUCGCGAGCUAUGGAGAAAGCAGCGUCACACCAGAGUACCAGGAGGCGUACCGGCGCUCCAUCAAUGAUCCCGAAGGGUUCUGGGGCGAGGUAGCACAGGAGCUGGAGUGGACCAAACCCUGGGAGCGAGUGCUGGACAACAGUAAUCCACCGUUCACAAAAUGGUGGGUAGGAGGAGAGAUGUCAGUGUGUUACAACGCAGUAGACAGACACGUGGCUAAUGGCAAAGGAGAUCAGGUGGCACUAGUGCACGACUCACCUUUAACCGACACAGUGCGCAAGAUCACAUACUCUGAGAUUAAAGAUCAGGUCUCCCGUCUAGCUGGUAAGCUGGCAUCACUGGGCGUGACGCGAGGGUCUCGGGUGCUGAUCUAUAUGCCCCUCGUCCCUGAAGCCAUCAUCUCCAUGCUAGCCACCAACAGAUUGGGAGCCAUCCAUUCAGUCGUCUUUGGAGGAUUCGCAGCGCGAGAGUUGAGAACAAGAAUAGAACAUGCUGAGCCGACCGUGAUCAUUGCAGCCAGCUGCGGUGUGGAACCUAACAAAAUUGUCAGAUAUAAAGACAUCCUGGACGAAGCGCUCUGUCAGUCAGACUUCCAACCGAACAACUGCAUCAUCUUCCAACGGCGAAGAGUUCUGGAGUGCACCCUAGAACCUGGGCGGGACAUCAACUGGGAAGAUGCCUUGGAAGCUGAGCCUGUACCCUGUGUACCCGUGGAGGCUAACGAACCGCUGUACAUCUUGUAUACUUCAGGGACAACAAGCGCCCCCAAAGGUAUUCAGCGCCCAUGUGGACACGCUGCCGUCCUCUGCUGGACUUUAAAAACAGUCUACGGCCUCAAGAAAGGAGUUUGGUGGGCAGCCUCCGACCUCGGAUGGGUGGUCGGUCAUUCCUACAUCUGCUACGGACCCCUUCUUGCAGGAGUCACCUCUGUGCUGUAUGAGGGCAAACCUGAUCGAACUCCUGACCCUGGACAGUACUUUAGGAUCAUAGAACAGCACCGUGUGAACGCCCUCUUCACGAUCCCCACAGCAUUUAGAGUGCUGAAGCGAGCUGAUCCCAACGCGAAGUACGCCAGGAGAUACUGCAGCAAGUCCUUGAAGACUGUCUUCAUCGCUGGAGAGCAUUGUGAUCAGGAUACCAGGCAAUGGUCGGAGCGUAUAUUCGGAGUACCAGUACUGAACCACUGGUGGCAGACGGAGUCAGGGUCUCCCAUCACUGCGCCUUGCAUGGGGUACAAUGUGAAGGCUAUUCCACCACAUUCAGCUGGUUACCCCGUGCCUGGAUACGAUCUACAUGCCCUAAAAGAAGACGGAUCAGAAUGCCAGCCCGGUGAGGUCGGCAGACUAGUGGCUAAGCUACCUCUGCCUCCAGGCUUCGCAUCAACUCUGUGGCAAGCUGACAAGCGAUUCAAAGAAACCUACUUUGAAACAUACCCUGGAUACUACGACACCCAAGAUGCAGGCUGGAUAAGCGCUGAAGGAGCUGUGUGGGUAGUGGCCAGAGCUGAUGACGUCAUCAAUGUCGCCGGUCACCGUUUGUCCACUGCUGCCCUUGAAGACGUGGUCCUAAGACACGCCAGGGUUGCUGAUGCUGUAGUGGUUGGAGCACCAGAUCCCACGAAAGGAGAUGUACCUCUAUGUCUCUAUGUUAUGAGGCCUCCUCAAGAUGAUGAAGAAAUCGUAGCUGAAAGCACAGUGACUCAAGAGCUGAUCGCGUUAGUUCGACACUUGAUUGGACCUAUCGCUGCAUUCAGGAAGGCAGUCGCUGUUCCCGCAUUACCUAGGACCAGGUCUGGAAAAGCCCUUCGUGGUGCCAUCGCUAAACUAGCCAGGUCUCAACUUGUAAAGCUACCAUCAACCAUUGAAGAUCCUUCCGUAUUCGGUGAAAUUAAAAUCGCUCUGCAAAAAUUCGGCUACGCCAUAGACGCGCCAGACCCAGAAAUGUAA